GGCUAGUAAAAUCGAGUGAGGCCGACUAAAACAAAUUAAUAAUCCCCCAAGUAUUUCUCUCGAUUUCAAAAUCCCCUCCCUCUUCUCCCUCCGCAGUCCGCACUCCUCUGCUGUUCUGUCACAUGGAGAGCCCUUCUUCUUCUACUCCGCCUCCCCCAGAGUCCUACGCCACCGGCGAUUCAAUUCCGGCGGUGGAUAGUGAUCCUCCAUUCCCAGAAUUGUUUGACAACGGAAACCUGAAUAUGACCCAUUACAAGGAGAACGAUGAGAAGAAGAAGAAGAAGAAGAAGAAGCAGCAGCAGCAGAAGAAGAAGCAGCAGCAGAAGAAGAAUAAGAAUGCCUGUGAAGGCGUUAUAUUGGCGUCUUCAUCAUCAUCAUCUUCUCCUUUUCCUUCUAUGCAGAGAAGUAUUCGCCUGUCUUAUAAGCGCAGGAACCCUAAGUUGGUAAUAGCUCCGAUCCGACGUGUUGGUCGAUUAGAGGAUAGCAAUUUGGAGGCCGUUGUUCUCCCGCUUGGAAUGUCGUUUGCUGCUGUUGUUGCUCAGGUUCUGGAGAGAAAAGAUGUGGCUUGUGAAAAGAUGUCUGUUGACCAUCUUUCGAAGAUUUGUGCCUCAGCUGUCAGAGAAGCUCUAGCUAAUGUCUUUGGAGAUAAAUUUGAUAUCUUUGCAAGGAACUUUGAGAGAUCAUUUGGGAGUACAUUAAGGACCCUUAGAUUAAUUAAUGAAGCAUCCAAUAACAAAGAUGCGUAUAACUUGAGCCACCUGAAUAUAGAAAAUUGGGAUUCAGACUUGGAUCUUAAUAAUAGGGUUGGUUGUACAAGCAACUCUGGUUAUCACUCAGAAAAUGAGGUGCCUUCUGUCUCAGUUCAGAAUCAAAUGCAUGUUGCUGAAGAAGUAGAAGAGAGUGUUCCUUGCUUAAAUCAGGAACUUAAUUUGAAUGCACAAUUAAUUCAACGGGUCUGUGUUCCAAGCUCAUUAGGUUCUGUGAUCAUCAACCAAAGCAUUAUUAAGAAAUCUGUCAUGGAGCAAGCGCGUUCCAAUGACCUGAAGACAAUGGAGAUUGGUCUUACAAUGAAAAAGUUGAAGUUGAAAGAGGCACAACUGGCUCUUAGCUUUGAUUCAAAUCAUCUUGAGAGAUCAAAAUUAGCAAUGGGCAUGUCAAAGGCAUCUUUUAAAGCUGAAAAAUUCAAGAACCAAGUGGAAGAUACAAAGCAUGCUGAACUGCUUAGGAAUUGCUUAGACUGUCUUGUAGCUGGUUUGUUCAUCAUGUCUAUCUCCCUUUUAUAUGGCGCAUAUGCUUUUUCAUACCAAAGGAUCACUGAUGCAACUGCAUCCUGUAAUCCUUCAGUUGAGGAAUCCAAAUCAUGGUGGUUGCCAAGGCCAGUUUCGUCUUUGAACUCAGGGCUGCAUACUCUUCAGUGUCAUGUUCAGGUUUGGAGCCGAAUGCUGUUUGGCAUGUUAAUAAUUCUGGCAGUUGCUUAUUUACUUAUUCAACGAUCAGCAACCUCCCAUCAGACAAUGCCAGUAACUUUCAUCCUGCUUCUUUUAGGAGCUGUAUGUGGUUAUGCUGGCAAAUUUUGUGUGGACACAUUGGGAGGAAGUGGAUUGCAUUGGCUACUGUAUUGGGAGACUAUGUGCUUUCUGCACUUCUUCUCAAAUGUUUUCACACCGCUGUUGUUCCGCAUACUUCACGGGCCUGUCACCGUUUCCCAAGGGAUAAAAUCCAAUGCAAUGUGUCCGUACUGGUUCCGGCAAAUUCUUUUCUAUGCUGUUAUGCUCUUGUUUCUGCCAUUGUGUUGUGGUCUUUUGCCAUUUGCCAGUCCUGGUGAAUGGAAAGAUCAUUUCUGUAUCCUUGCCACCGAUUUUGUACUUAAUGCACAUGAUUGAGUGGAGAGGCCAAAAGCUGUUGUACUGCAGAAUUUCUGACCUCUAUUUAAUGCAGAUGAUUGACUCUUGAGUUGCUCUCCAUAAUUAUAUUCUUUUAACUUAAAACUCGUUUUUAUGGGGAAAUGAGGAGAGUUUGUUUUGUGUAUUGGGGAAUGAGUUUGCAAUUGUCGCAUGACUUGUUUGUUUUCUUUUGACUAUAGUGCUCUAUGUUAUGCUAUUUUAUUUUAUUUUAUUUCACAUAUUUUAAUAUUAUUAAA